UUAUGUUUUUUCAUGUAUCAUCGUAUGAUACUAGAGAACAUUUCCAGAAGAGUGGGCUCACUACUUCAUCCACUAACAAAACCACACUCUUUCUCCAUUAAACCCCUUUCACAACUUUCUCUCUCCUCCAAACCCCUAACCGCUUUCUCUCUCCUCCGCCAUUUCACACCAAAACCUCCAUUAAUGGAUUCCACUGAAAUCUCCCUUCGAAAAGCCCUAGCUGACAAGCAAGCCGCCGUCGAUGCUCAAGCAAACACUGUGAGGGAGCUCAAGGGUUCCGCCGCCGCCGAUAAGGCCGCCGUUAACGCCGCCGUUGAAGGUUUGAAGGGUUUGAAAUUGGAGAAGGCUGCGAUUGAAGAGGAGCUUCAGGAAAUUGUUAAGAGUAAUGGUGGUGAGAGUAAAGAGGCGUUUCGUCAAGGCGUGAUUAAUACGCUUGAGAGGAAGUUGUUUUAUGUUCCUUCGUUUAAGAUCUAUGGUGGUGUUGCUGGGUUGUAUGAUUAUGGUCCUCCUGGUUGUGCUGUUAAACAGAAUGUUCUUGCCUUUUGGCGUCAGCAUUUUGUCAUGCAAGAAAACAUGUUGGAGGUUGAUUGCCCAUGUGUGACGCCAGAAGUUGUGCUAAAGGCCUCAGGACACGUGGAUAAGUUUACUGACCUUAUGGUUAAGGAUGAAAAGACCGGCACAUGUUACCGUGCAGACCAUUUGAUCAAGGAUUUCUGCAAGGAGACACUCGAGAAGGACCUCAGUUUGUCUGCAGAAAAAGUAGCAGAACUCAAGCAUGUAUUGGCUAUGCUGGAUGAUUUUUCUUCUGAAGAGAUGGGCUCAAAGAUAAAGGAGUAUGGUAUAACUGCUCCUGAUACCAAAAAUCCUCUCUCUGAUCCAUAUCCAUUUAAUUUGAUGUUUCAGACCUCAAUAGGUCCUUCCGGCGUGAGCCCUGGGUUUAUGCGACCAGAGACAGCCCAAGGUAUUUUUGUGAACUUCAAGGACCUGUACUAUUACAAUGGCAAUAAGCUUCCUUUUGCUGCUGCCCAAAUUGGUCAAGCCUUUAGAAAUGAGAUCUCUCCAAGACAAGGUCUUCUUAGGGUUCGUGAGUUUACGCUGGCAGAAAUUGAACAUUUUGUGGAUCCCCAAGAUAAGUCUCAUCGAAAAUUUCCUGAAGUUGCAAAUUUGGAGUUUUUGAUGUUUCCAAGGGAGCUGCAGGUAUCUGGGCAAUCUGCAAAGAAGAUGGUCCUUGGUGAAGCAGUUAGCAAGGGCACUAUCAACAAUGAAACUUUGGGUUAUUUCAUCGGGAGAGUUUACAUUUUCCUCACCAGCCUUGGAAUUGACAAAGAACGAUUGCGGUUCCGUCAGCAUCUUGCAAAUGAGAUGGCUCAUUAUGCUGCUGAUUGUUGGGAUGCUGAGAUUGAAUGCUCAUAUGGCUGGAUUGAGUGUGUUGGCAUUGCUGAUAGAUCUGCAUAUGAUUUGCGUGCUCACACGGACAAAAGUGGUGUAGCUCUUGUGGCUCAUGAGAAAUAUGCAGAACCAAAAGAAGUAGAGAAAAUUAUUAUCACUCCAGUGAAAAAGGAACUUGGCCUUGCAUUCAAGGGUAAUCAAAAGAUGGUGGUUGAAGCAUUGGAGGCCAUGGAUGAAAAAGAAGCUAUGGAAAUGAAGGCCAACUUGGAGUCUAAGGGUGAAGUGGAUUUCAAUGUUUGCACUCUUGGGAAGAAUGUGACAAUAACAAACAAAAUGGUAACUAUCAAGAAGGAGAAGAAGAAGGAACAUCAGAGGGUUUUUACGCCAUCAGUUAUUGAACCAUCUUUCGGCAUUGGGCGAAUUAUUUACUGUUUAUAUGAGCAUUCUUUCUAUACCAGGCAAAGCAAAGGUGGGGAUGAGCAAUUGAAUGUCUUCCGUUUCCCUCCACUUGUGGCUCCAAUCAAAUGCACUGUGUUUCCCCUGGUUCAAAAUCAGCAGUAUGAGGAAGUCGCUGCACAAAUUGUUAAGUCAUUGGCUGCGGCUGGUAUCUCGCAUAAAAUUGACACCACAGGUACAUCGAUAGGCAAGCGUUAUGCAAGGACUGAUGAACUUGGGGUACCCUUUGCAAUUACUGUUGAUUCAGAAAACUCUGUCACAGUUCGGGAAAGAGACAGCAAGCAACAGAUUCGGGUCAAUGUUAAUGAGGUCUCAUCAGUUAUUAAAGAGGUGACUGAUGGUCAGAGCACCUGGGCAGAUGUGCAAUGGAGAUAUCCAUCUCAUUCAUCUGCAUCCGCUGAUGAGUAAGAAGAGCUUCUGAAGAAAGAGUUGUUUACAGAGGCGAGGAUUGAAAAUUAUGCUAUUUAAUUGUACACGAUCAUGAUACCAGAUGUGCUGACAGCCAUUUUCCCUUUAGAUAAUUUGUCAUUUUGUCACACUGUAUGUUUGAUUUCUUGUUCUAAAUUAGACAAUUUGGAUAUAUUUGCAUUCAAAUUGAUCUCGGCGACAUACUCUUAGCAGCUGAAAUUACAACUUCUAUGAAUUUUACA